CCACGUGGGGCGGCGGCGCGGGCGGAACCCGGGCGCGGCGGCUCGCGGCUCGGCCGGGCGUCUGCAGCCCGCGCGCCGGCGGAAGUCGGGGCACCGCGCGCCGCGGCGGGCCCGGAUCAUGCAGACCCCGCUGGCCAUGCCCGUGCCCGUGCUGCGGCUCCCCCGGGGCCCAGACGGCUUCAGCCGGGGCUUCGCCCCCGAUGGACGCCGGGCGGCCCGGAAGCCGGAUGUGGCUGAAGUCUCAGGCUCUGCCGCGGGAGCUCAGGAAUCUCGCGAGGUCCAGGAGCAGCGGGCACGAGCCGCCCUGCGUGAACGCUACCUGCGCAGCCUGCUGGCUAUGGUGGGCCAUCAGGUGAACUUCACGCUGCACGAGGGGGUGCACGUGACCGCACACUUCGGAGCCACCGACCUGGACGUGGCCAACUUCUACGUGUCGCAGCUGCAGACUCCGAUAGGGGUGCAGGCAGAGGCGUUGCUCCGGUGCAGCGACAUCAUCGCCUACACCUUCAAGCUGUGAGAAUGAACCCAAGGGACUCUCCAGGCCUGCAGGUGCUCCUGGGCUCGGAACCGUACGUGUGUCCCUGGAAGCUCAGAACUGCCUCGUUUUUUCCAACAGUGGGCUCCAAGCAACUGUAGCUUUUUGGGGUACCCUGGAUCUAUCAGUUAAAUUCUACAGCCCAGGUUAUUUUGCCCUGCCUCAGAGAACUGUAGAAAUCAGGCUUCAAAACCAAAGCAGAUCCUGAGGACUUUGGAGGAUGACGAGUGGGGAAGAAAGGGCGAAUAAAGGAACAUGAACUGUGCAGCAGAAAAUUGCUUC